AUGAAUGUUAUGUUAUGUUUUGUAUUGUAUUGGUUUAUUUAAAUGGACGAGGCUCUUGAAUAUGAAAUAGAUACAAUCCAAACUAAAUAAUACAACAAGAAUGAUAACUCUAACUAUUAAUUGCCAUAAUAAAACUUAGGAUAGGAAAGCCCAAAUAACACGCGUUUGAAGAAACUAAUUAAAGAAAGAGGAGGACAUAUUAAUAUUAGAAAUCAAUAAAAAAGCAUGACUUAUACAAAUGAAUCUCCUUAACCAAAGGAAAGAAAUCCUCAAGUAUAAAAAUACAAGACUGUUAAAUUAAAUGAUAAACCUAUUAUAAAUGCGAGCUAAAAUAAUAAUGUUGCUAGUGGGAUAAAAGAAGAAUAAGGCAAUUCAUUUUUUAGAUAAAGUAGUACUACUUAUUUAAGUAAGCAAGAGAAAAUAGAAGCCUUGAAAAAGAAAAUAGGCUUAACAAAAUAGGGUAAUUCAGGAGGUAAAUCUGAUCAGACUAAAAAAGAUGGAAUUGUAAAAAUAUUUAUCAUCAAAUUUAAAAAAUGGAUAAAGCGAAAUUUGAAGAAAUGUACUAAAAGAAAGAGCUAAUCUAAGCAAAAAUAAAAAGUAAAUAAUGUAAAAAGAAGGACAGGAGUAGCCACUAACGAAAAUCUUGAUAAAAACAAUAGUGGAGGGGAAGAAGGUUACGUUUCUAGCUCUGGAAAUACUAAGAGAGAUUCUUUAUAAAAUAGUUACAUCAGUAAAGCUACAGCCAGCAGUGUAUCUAUGGUUUUUAGUGAGUAGGAAAGGAUUGAUAAAGAAAUUUAAUAACUCAAAGAAGCUGUAAAAAUUAUGAGCAAAGAGCGAAUGUAUUAGAAAGCUUAUAGACAUUUAAUUGAUGGCCUUCUUUACAGAUCUGUUCGCCACGACUUAGAUGGUGAAGAUAAUUGUUGGAGGAGAUUUAUUAUGUUUAUCUGGCACAUAUAAAAUUCAAGUCUUUGGAACGAUUUUUUGCUUUUUCUUGGCUGGGUCUAUAUUCUAAUGAGCUUUUUCGAGCCUGCCCAUAGAAAUGGUUAAAGUCUUGAUUAGUAGACUUUCCAUUUCAUGACUGGCCUAGAGAGCUUUAUACUUUCAUUGCAAACAAUUGAUCUCAUAAUGGAAGUUUUAUAGCGUUCUAGCUAAGAAAACUAAAAUCUACUUGAGGCUUUCAUAAGUAGAAAAAAAAAUUUAUUCAGACUCAUUUUCUUUGUACUAAACAUUUCAGACCUGAUAAAUUAUGUUAUAUAGUAUCCAUAAAAUACAUUUCGAUUUGCAAGAGUUUUUCGACCACUUCAAAUCAUUAUUUUUUCAAAAUCUUUAAGAAGAAAUUUUUAGGGAAUCAUUAAUUCUGCAAAAAAUUUAUUGAUGAUAUUAUUUUUUGAUAUAAUAAUAACCUCAUUUUGGGCUUAUGUUGGUAUGAAUCUCAUUGGAGAUAUCUAUAAUGAUCCUAGCGUUGAUACUUCAAUUGUAGAUUUUAGAGACUUCUUUAAGGCGUCUAAUAGCUUGUAUAUUUUUAGCUCUCUUGAUCUUUUUCCAGAUAUUUUAUUUCCUGCUGUAACUGCCUCCUUUUACUACUUACUGUAUUUUCUCCCUUAUAUAAUUAUGUUCCUCCUUUUGUUUGUUCCUAUUCCAGUCGCUGUCGUUUAUGAAGGAUUCAGAAAACAUAGACUUAAUCUACUUAUCGCUGAUAGAAUUAAAAGAAGAAAAGCUUUGUGGGCUUGCUUUUAGUGCAUUGUUUAAGAUUAAAAGAAAUCUUAUAUUACAAAGUCAGAAUUUUGCUCUUUUUUUUAUUUUGUUUACUAAUAAGUAGAGCUCGAGGAUCAAGCAGAAAUAUUGUCGGAUGUCUUAUAUAACGAAAUAGAUAUUAAUGACAACAAAAAAGUGAGUAUUGAGGAAUUUUUUACUGUUUUAGAAUUUACAGAAUAAAGAAAAGAAUUUAGACUUUAAAGGAUAAAACCAUCGAGACUAUGGAUUAACUUUAGGGAAUACAUUUAAUUUAAAUUUGAUUUAACAAAUGUUUUAGAAGGAAGAAAAUGGGAGGCUCUUUCUUUCUUGAUGACUAUCGGGAGCUGCAUUUUAACUAUUUUAAUACUUAUUUAUGACUCAUUAUCAACUGAUAGUUAUGUUGAUUUUUUUGAUAAAUUUUUUUUUGCCUUUUUUUCCUUGGAAAUCGUAUUAAAAAUUGUUGCUUUUGGACCUGUAAAUUUUUCCGACGAACCUUGGAAUAUGUUUGAUCUCAUACUUGUUUUGUUUUAAGCCUUUUUUGAUUACAUUUUUGUGACUUUCUUAAAAAACUCUAAUGUGAAGUCAGUCAGUGCUAGCAGAGUUUUAAAAAUAGCUAAAUUAUAAAAAGUCUUUAGAAUGUUCAGAGCCUUUCGUACAGUAAAAGUGCUAAAUUAUGUGUUAUCUGGACUCGACAUUAUAAGAAAAGUUUAUGAAAUGCUUUAUAAAAUAGUUAUAUGCAUUCCGAUAGUUAUGAAGCUCUCUGUUAUCUAUGUCAUUGUUAUCUACAUUUACACUGCAGUUGGAGUAGAAAUAUUUAACACCUAACUUUAAACACUAUAUCCUUCAGAGUAUGGAAGGGCUUUAUGUGACUAAACAGAUGAGGGAUAAACUGAUUUUAAUAGUUGUUAGUAUGUAAAUUUUAAUUCAUUUGCAGGAGCAUCCUUGAUUUUACUUUAAGUUUGUGUAGGAGCUGGAUGGGGUGAUAUUGUUUUCGAUUUCGGAAAGAAGUUUUAAGAUCUAGCAACUAGUGCUUUAUAUUUUAAUAGUUUUCACUUUCUUUCAGUGUUUGUACUGUCUCUCAUUGGUGGAUUAGUUUGGGAGGUUUUUGAUGUUGUUGAGAGAAUUAUGAGGGAUUAAGAGGCUCUGGAAUAGCAGCUUGCAAUAUAUAGGAAAUGGGAAGAAUAGCAGCAGUAAAUAGAAGCUUCUUUCUAAUCAUAAGAUCUUUCUAAGAAAUCUAAUACUAUCAAUUAAUAACAGCAACAAUCACUAUAAUAAUAAAGUUAAUUUGCAAAAGCAAAUUAGUAAAGGCACUCCUUGAAAUUAAGUAGCGGCUACUUAAAGAUGACGCCAAAGUUUACAGUAAAGUUGCCUUCAAAGUAAAGUUAAUUUGAAGAUGACGAUGAAGACGAAGUUAUAGACGAAACUGCUUAGGCUGAAAAGUCUGCCGAUAAAAAUCUGAUAAUUUUACAAAAACAUUCUUAAAAUAAUAACUCAGUAUUGUAAAUAGAAUCAAAUGGGGAAGGUUAUGAAGAUGAUGACAUUGGAACUUCUGAAGAAAUAAGCUUAUCAGAUAGCGACGAUGACUCUAACUAAGAAGAGGAAGAUAAAAAUAAAAGUAAAGAGGAGGCUGAAAUUGUUAGAAAGGCCCUUAAUGAAGGACCAGAGACUAUGGCUGGAGGAACAGAAAUGCCUAUAGAGGAAGUCAUUAAUAGUUGCUACUAAGAAAAUGAUUAAGAGUAGAAAGAAAAUCCCAAAUUUGAUUAAAACCACAAAUCUUAGAAAUUCUUUAAGUAAAGAUAUUUCUCUGAAGAGCUUCUUGCUCCUGAUUUAGUAGAUGCUCUUGAAUAACCUCAAAAGAAUAGUUUAUUUUUCAAUAGUAAUCAUACUUCUAGCCAAGAAAUAUUUAAGUAGGAUUCGAAAUAAAACUCAAUAAAGAUAUUCUCAUCUAAACCUUCACAAACUAGCAUUACUAAAAUUGCUAAUUUUCAGUAAAGACUAGGUAAAAAUAUCUACAAUGAAGAUAAUCCAGAAACCUAAAAGCUGUUUUAAGCAAUAAGUAAAAAGAAGAAAAAGUAAAAAAAAGAAAAAAAUAAAUUAAAAAAAAAUUAAGAAUAGGCAAAGGCUUUUAAUUAGUAGUGCCUGAUUGAAAAUUAGCCUAUUACUUAAAGAGACAAAAGUGAAAUUAUACUGUAUUAAGAUAUUUUUAGACUUUCUACAAUGGAUCACUUCUUUAAAGAUAUUAAUUUAAAAUAGAAGAAUUAAUCUCCCUUGUCUGAAAUUGUCUCCUCAGAAUAAUAAUCAGAAAUGAGUGAAAAGUCGCCUUCACUCUUUAGAAAUUAAUAGUUAGUUGAAAAAACUGCACAAGCCCCUCUACCUGUAGGAGCUGUAAAGAAGUUAAGUAAAUUCCAUACAAUCAAAGAGGAAGAGGAAGAAGAAAUGGAUAACAAUAGUUAGUCAAUUAUUAAAAAUUUUAAUAGAUAAUAAUCAAAAACAAAUUAGGGCAGUUAAAAUGAAUUCUCUGAGGAUUUAGAAAAUAAUAAACAAUAGGAUUAGAAUAGCUUAAACAAAAUUGAAACACCUAAUUCAUAAUAAUAAGCUAAAGAUGAAAAGAAAUUUUUAUUUAAAAAGAGUCAUGGAAAACUAAGUAAGCAAAUCACAGAUAAUUCAGAGUAACCUACUAUUUAAGAAGAGCAAGAGCAGGAUGAUGAAGAAGUUGCAUCUGCAAUCUAUCAAAUGCAAUUAAGGGGCUUACCUCAUAGCACUAAUCAAAAUAAAAAAUAAAUAGAAAAUAGAAAUUAAAAUGAAAUAUUGGAUUCUGUAUUUGAAUAAACUGAUGAGAAUAUUAACAACUUUGAUCUUUUACAAAAAAACUAAAUAAAUAGAUUAAGUCCAGUAAAAUUAUAAAAUAUUAAUUUGAAAAACGAAUCUUCAAAUCAAUUAAAAUCUAAGGAAGGAAUUAUUUAAAAUGAUUAACAGUAGACUUAAGUGCAGUAUAUUAAAUUGGCUAACGAAACUUAGAAAAAUUCAGAAAAUCAUCCCAAAGAUUAAAAUGAAAAAUAAUAAUGCAAGGGAUCAAUUAUAUUUUAGCAAUUUGAACAAAAUAAUUUCUAAUAACAACAGUAAUUAAUAUUAAACAAUAAUAAUUAAGCAAAAGCACGAUCAGCUUAAUAGCUUGGCAACAGAGUUAACGAAGAAGCUAAAAACUAAUUUAAUCAUAGACAUUCAGAUACAAUUAAUAUAUAAAAUUUAACAAAGGUAAUAAAAGAUUAGGUCAAUUUUGGUGAUUAAAAAGGUUUUUUAAUAUCCUCUGAUUAUUCUCCUAACUCUCAAAGCGACUCCUCUUUUGACCAAUCAUUUAAAAAAUAAAAUAAAGUCAAUAUGAAAAUAAAUAAUCAUUUUGAAGGAAAUCUUGAUGAAGAUGAGAGUUGUUCUCAAAAUUUGACCAAUAAAUUUCCUGAAAAAUGCUACCUUCCUAGUAAAAAAAUAAGAGAAAGCAAUUGCUUACUAAAUUAAGAAGAAAAACCAGAGACAGAAAUAAUUUUAACUCAAAAAAUGUAAGAACCUUCUAAAAAAUUACAUUUUGGAGUUGACAGUACAUUAGACUAAGAAAAGAAUUCUAUAUUUCCAAUACCUUCAACAAUAGAUAUUUUCAAAAGUUAAAAAUAAAUGAGGCAACACAAUGGAUCUAUGCAAUUUUCUUAAUACGAAGACAAUUUUAAUACAUAGUUGAUAUAGCAAAAUUCUUUAUUUUCUCCUUAGUCGAUGAGUCUACGCAAAAUAGAAAUGGAUUAAUUAGAUAAAGAUUAAAUGAGAAAUAUGUAAAUAACAUCUUAAACAAAUUCAAAGCAUUUGCUUAUAUUGGAAGAAGAAACUACUUAAGAGCAUAAAAAGACUGAAAGUAAUGAGAAUCAUAAUUUUCCAUUAAAUAAUGAACACUCUGAUGAAAUAAUAUAAUCAAGAUCUAAAAUUAUUACAAACGAUACUCAAACGAAUUCGAAGAAUAGUAAAACACCAAUUGCUGUUAACAUAGAAUCAGAAACUAAUUUUGUAACAAGUCUUGCAGAUGAAUAAAACAAUUUAUUGAAUUAAGAAGGAUAUCAAAAAUUAAGCAAAAAAAAUAAUUACAAAGAUAUUAAUUAUAGUAACUUCAAGAGAGAAAUAGAAUAAAAUGAAUAGCUUUCUGAUGAUCUUAAUGCAGAGAGUGAUUUAAAUUAAAUAGAAGUUAAGAAUCAUGAGCUGGAGGCAUCGUUUAUUCAAGAAAUGCAUGAUAUAGAUUAAGAAAAUUAAAGUAAAGAAAUAAGAAGAAAUUAAAGAAGAGAAAUGAAGUUAAAGAUUCACUUAGAGAAAUUGGAAAAGUAUAGAAAUGAGUUGUGUCAAUAUUACAAGUCUAGCCUUCAAGAUAUUACAGCUCAAAAUGAUUAAUAAUAAUAUUAAUUCAUGAAUUACGGCAAAACAAAUAUUUUAAACAAAUAAUAAAAUCCAUCAUAAUAGCAAUAAAAUAUUACCAAUACAGCCUAAAGAGAUAUCAUCCACGAUAGGCCAAAAAACUAUUUGAUGAAGAGCUUUCUGAUGAAUAUAAACAACGAUUUAAGAAAUGAAUAAAAAGCUAAGGUAAAAAUAGAUCUUAACAAUAAAAACUUUAUCAUAAACAAGGCAAUCUUAAAGUCAGUAGACUAAGAAAAAAUUGAGAAAAUCGAGCUAAGACACUUUAGAUAACUCUAUGGUAAAGAAUUCGAAGAUUUACUUGAUAAGGAAUUUUUCCCUUUAUGGCACCUAUAAGCCAAAGUUCUAUUUCAUUUUGACAACAUCCUCAAAUAUGAUCACAUUCCUGUUGAGAACUUCGUUUAGCUUUAUUGUAGUUUAGAAAUGCAAAUAUCUUCUUUGCUGAUGAAUAAAUUUUCUUCAUUCAAAAUUAUCUAUCAAGAUUAAGAUGAUAAAUGGUUUACAAUUAAUUUUGUUUAGGAAGCUUAUUUCCUGUAAGAAGUUGAGAGCCAUGGGCCUUGGAGAUAUUUUAAAGAAUUAUUCGAAGAUAAUCCAUAAAAUUUAAAAUUAUUUAAGCACAGGAAUAUUUUUGGUUAUGCAGACAAAAAUUAAUACAUCAGGAAAAACCUCAAGAAAUUCUUUUCAAUAUCUUAAGAUAUUUCAAAUAGCUAUUACUUUAGAAAACUUCAAAUAAAUCAAAGAAGGAGCGAUGUUAUUUACAUUCCUUUUGUAAACGAUAAUCCAGAGUAAACUUCUAAAGGUCUUUUAGAUAACCUUUUAAAAACACCUACUCUACCUUAAUAUAUCAAGAGAGACGAUUUAUCAUAAGAAAUGAUACCUUAAAUUAAAAAAGGUUUAGUAAUAGCUUAUUUAUUUGAUAAUCCUAACGUAAAGUAAAGAAAAAGAACCUUUGUAUCUGAAAAAAUCAAUAUAGAACAAGCAAUUGCUGAGGAAGAUAUUCUAGAAAGAGAACUACUUUCUCAUACCCUGAACUACUCAUACUCUCUUGAGUUACUUAAAGAUAUGCAAAAGCAUAUUAUGAUGAACAAAGACAUGCUAUUUAAAAAGAUAUCCUAAUUUUACUUCUAUCGUGCCUGCUUCGAAAGAAAUUUCUGCAGCAUGAUGGAGCUGCCAUUUGAAUAAUGA